GAAUUAGCUAUCGGAAGCGAGGGAGGAGAGCGUGUUCGCUGUUAAUCGGAUGACGCAUAUUUCGAUUCAAAACUGGACUAUGUCCGCGGCGCCAGCCGGUGAUCUACAUUUUGACAGGUGUGUUACCUGUGGCUGCUCCGAAAUAGGGGCUGGAUUAUCCUCCUUGCCUUCCAGCGCCUUCCGGCAGACUUCAAUUCCAAGUCUAUCAAACAAAUCAGUGAUUGACUGAGGGACGACAACCGUGAGCACUGACGCAUUGUGGGAGCGACGGGCGAGACCCACACCGGUAGCACUACACCGACGGACGCACCUCAGCGUGAAACGGCGAUGGAAGUGUCUCAGCCUGAAAACGAGGACCAUCAACCGGAGAAUGGUUUUGUGUCACCCGAAACCCCUUCACCGAGUUUGCUUUCGCGUAUCGACGGCUGUGUUUUGCCAUUUCUUGGCGGAUUUGGGAAAUACCAAAAACAGCUUAUCGUCUUGACGUGGAUCCCUGCGUUGUUUAUCGGAUUCAGUCAGUUCUCUGACAAUUUCCUCCUUGCUCAGCCGAACAAUACGUGUCUUCAGCCGCAGAUAAACACCACCAAUUUGACUGCAGGACCUACCUCGUUGUUUAAUGGUCUAAAUAAUGUUAGUGCGCGUGCCACUUAUUCUUCGGCCAGCGGCACAGACAACGAGACAAGAAACGUGCAGUGUAUGUGCACGCAAUGGAGCUAUGAACUGCAAACGGGACUCGUGCAGAAUGUUGUCACCAAGUGGAACUUGGUGUGUAAUUCUGCGUGGAAGGUUCACAUCGCCAAGUUCUCCCUGCUGGUGGGCUCCAUCUUCGGAUACCUGGUACUAGGAGUCCUUGCAGACUGGUUUGGACGGCACCCGGUCCUGAUCGUGUCGGUCAUGUUCAUGCUGGUGUUUGGACUGGCCGUGGCUUUCUCCGUCAACCUGCCCAUGUUUAGCACCCUUCGGUUCUUCGAGGGUUUUUGUCUGGCUGGGAUCACCCUCUCUCUCUACGUGCUGAGGAUCGAGCUGUGUUUACCAGGCUGGCGUUUCUCCAUGACCAUGGUGGCCAACUUUGUGGUUCUGGGAGGGCAGCUGCUGAUGCCAGGACUGGCUGCCAUCUGCCACGACUGGCAAGUUCUACAGGCCGUCAUCAUAUCUCCCCUUCUCUUUAUGCUCUCCUAUAUCUGGCUUUUUCCAGAGUCUCUCCGCUGGCUGCUGGCCACACAGCAGUACUGUCGCUCCAAGUGGAUCAUGGAUCGCAUCGCUAAGAAGAACCAGGCCAACAUGGAGCGGGAUGCUGACGAGCUCUUGACAGAGCUGCACAGAGCCAUGCAGAAGAAACCCAAAAAGGCUUGCAUUGUGAAGAUGGUCGGUACAAGGAACCUGUGGAAGAACAUUGCCGUGCUUUGUGUGAACUCAUUAACUGGCUAUGGGAUUCACCACUGCUUUGCACGCAGUAUGAUGGAUCAGGAGGCUGAGGAAACCACCAUGUUUCAUAAUUUCUAUGCUGAUUACUACACCAUGGCGGGCAUUGCCGUGGCAUCCUGCAUGGCACUGUGUCCCGCUGUGGGCCUGAUGGGCAGACGUGGAGGACUCCUCCUGUUUAUGAUCAUUACUGCAUUAGCAUCACUGCUUCAGCUCGGCCUUCUCAACUUGUUGGGGAAAUACAGCGUUCAGCUGAAUAUAGAGCGUUCAGACACGCUGAAGUCAAACUUCUCAGUGGCUUUCUCCAUUAUCGGCAUGUUCUCCUCCCACGCUGUCAGCAGCCUGAGCAUCUUCUUCUGCGCAGAGAUCACCCCCACUGUCAUCAGGGGAGGAGGGCUGGGCCUGGUCUUGGCCAGUGCUGGGUUUGGCAUGCUCACCGCUCCGAUCAUGGAGCUACACAACCAGAAGGGCUACUUUCUGCACCACGUCAUCUUCGCUUGCUGCACACUUAUCUGCAUCAUCUGCAUCCUGCUGCUGCCGGAGACACGGUAUCACUCGCUACCAGAGACCAUAGCCGACGGCGAAACCUACACCCGGCAGCCCUUGCUACCGCACCGCAAGCCAGGUGAACAGCGCCUCCUGUUGACCAAGACAGAGAACCGCAACUAUGCCCAAGGGCACGACACUCCGCUCCAUGAGGCUGCUGCGACGGCCGUCUCCACCAUGGAGUCCACUGCCUCCUCCGCCAUCGACCUCACAGCACCCUCCGUCAUCGAUCUGACCGCGCCGUCAGCCGUCGACGCGCCCUUGGACCUUCCCAUCCAGAGCACGACUUGCGUCCUGCCUCUCCGCAGCAUGAAACCCGCCGCCCCCGACGCACCCAAUGGCUCUGCUGAAACGGCCCUCUCUGGGUCCUCCGCACCGGAUCUCCUUCAGACGGCCACCACACAGUCCCCCCCCCCGUCUGUGAUCAACAACAUACACCCUGGAAAAACAGAGAGUCCUGCUACUCUACCAACCAACACUCUCCACCCCUCUACUGUGGAAACUCUCAUUAACACAGACACUGCCCCCCCCUCCACAACCGAGUCACACAUCCCCACCCCUACUGAUCCUUCUCCUCCUUUAGAGGUAGACGCUAUAACUGUAAGUGUGGAGCCUCCUGAUGUUGUGGACUCCCUGGCCAGUGAUAGUCAUUCCCCUGUUCCCUUCCUGAAUGACACUGCUUUCUCAUCUACUGCUGAUUCCUCUGUUCCCUCGGCCAGCGCAACCUCAGUGGACUCUCCCACGCCCCCUGUCAAUAACGUCCUACCCCUUUGCACUAUGAACUUACCCCCCAGUCCUGUGACCCAAUCCACAGCAGACUCUCCUACUCACCUUGUAAAUAAUAUCCUCCCACCUUCCAGCACAGAUUCACCCACUCAUCUGGUGAAUGACGAUCUUCCCCUGUCUCCUACAGAAUCCAGCACCCCACCAAUAGCUGAUUCCCCUGCACAUGGCCCAGUAACCUCUCCUGCACCCUCUGCACUAGAACCUUCUCCAGCUGUUCCCCCUCCAUCUCUCUCUCCUGCUUCUGUCACAGACACUUCUACCCCAUCAGUUGCCCCUGCAACCCAUCCCUCCACAGUGGACUCAACCUCCACGCCUCUCGUGCAGGCCAACCCUCCCUCUGCUGCCGCAGCGGACUCUACCACUUCUAUUGACGAAACUGCUGCUUCUCCCCCCGUAAUGGAACCAACCAUUCCUCCUGUCAUAAACACAGACUUGUCUACAGAAGCUGGUCAUCCCAUAACAGUGGACUCCACUGUGUCUUCACCCAUAGACUCUGGUGCCCCAUCAGUAACGGGCACCAUCCUCACAGAGACCAGCACUGCCAACGGGGUGGCGUCGUCAUGACGACCUUACCUCAGAGGACCGUCAUCCACCAGGAAGCAGCUUGCAUGUCAUUUGACAGUGGCCACAGGUUGACUCAGUUUGGCUUCAGAAAUAUCGAGCUGCUUUUUCCAGAAAAAGAUGUCUACCGAGAGAGAGAAAAGAGA